CCCUCCUUCUCUUCAUAUCACACACUCUCUCUCUCUCUCACUCACAUUUCCUAGCAGAGAAAAAGAAAAUGGCAAGCUCUUCUUCACUCUCUUUCAUCACCAUUCUCUUCUCUUUCUUAAUCCCAAGCCUCAUUGCCUCAACCCCAGCUCAUGACCCAGAGUUCGUGGUACAAGAAGUACAAAGGAGCAUCAAUGCAUCUAUGACUAGGAGAAAGUUGGGGUAUUUCUCAUGCUCAACUGGGAACCCAAUUGAUGAUUGCUGGAGGUGUGACUCCAAUUGGGAAAAAAAUAGGCAGAGGCUGGCUGAUUGUGCAAUUGGGUUUGGCAAGAAUGCUGUUGGUGGAAGAGAUGGAAAGAUUUAUGUGGUCACAGAUUCUAGUGAUGAUGAUGCCGUAAAUCCGAAGCCAGGGACUCUAAGAUAUGCUGUGAUCCAAGAUGAACCAUUGUGGAUUAUUUUUGCACGUGAUAUGGUGAUCAGAUUGAAGGAGGAAUUGAUUAUGAACUCGUUUAAGACAAUUGAUGGUAGGGGAGCUAGUGUGCACAUAGCUGGUGGUCCAUGCAUUACUAUUCAGUAUGUGACUAACAUUAUAAUCCAUGGGAUAAACAUACAUGAUUGUAAGCAAGGAGGGAAUGCAAUGGUGAGAGAUUCCCCAAAUCACUUUGGGUGGAGGACCAUAUCAGAUGGUGAUGGUGUUUCCAUCUUUGGUGGUACCCAUGUUUGGGUGGACCAUGUCUCAUUGUCAAACUGUGCUGAUGGUUUGAUUGAUGCAAUUCAUGGGUCUUCCAUGAUUACCAUUUCAAACAAUUUCAUGACACACCAUGAUAAGGUUAUGUUAUUGGGACAUAGUGAUUCCUACACUCAAGACAAGGGCAUGCAGGUCACUAUUGCCUUCAAUCACUUUGGAGAAGGGCUUGUUCAAAGAAUGCCAAGGUGUAGGCAUGGGUACUUCCAUGUGGUGAACAAUGACUACACCCAUUGGGAAAUGUAUGCCAUUGGUGGGAGUGCUUCCCCCACCAUCAAUAGCCAAGGGAACAGAUUUCUUGCACCAGAUAAUAGAAACAGCAAAGAGGUGACCAAACAUGAGGAUGCACCACAAAGUGAAUGGAAGGGCUGGAAUUGGAGAUCUGAAGGAGACCUAUUGCUAAAUGGUGCAUUUUUCACACCAUCUGGAGCUGGGGCUUCCUCGAGCUAUGCUAAGGCUUCGAGCUUAGGUGCAAAACCAUCUUCUCUUGUUGCUACUCUUACCGCUAAUGCUGGUACACUUAGUUGCCGGAAGGGUUCUAAAUGCUGAUUUGUGAUAUAACAGCAUUGCAUACAAGCGAUUAAAUCGUUGAAAAUUUGAGUAGAAAGUGAAGGAAAGUAAAAAAAGAGGAAGGCAAAAAGAGUACAAGAGAGAAGCCUAUUAGGGUCAAUUACUUUUCUCUACUUUCCCUUACCUCUGUAAUUCUUUUCUUUCUUUUUAGCCAUUGUUCUACUCUAUAUCUUCUUUUUCUUUUCUUUUGACCACGGGUUUCAUGAUUACAAUGUACAACCGCGGCCUGUUUUACUCUUAGAACCAUUUGGGGGAAUCUCAAUGGUCAUUGAGAAAACAAGUGCAGAAGUGUUGAAAACUAAAUUAUCCAAUUAUAGGUUUAAUAUUAAAUUUCUCUCUCUUUA